AUGGCCACACCACCCCUUCUUCGUCUGGUCCCGGCCAUGACUCCGAAUUCCCGCCUGGCAUCUCAGCUGCCCAGGCGAUACAGUCUUCAGAUCGCCUGCAAUGUGAAGCCAAACGCCUCCAACAACCGGGAAGGCAUCAUCGGGAUAGGUGCAGACCGGGUUGAUGUAUGCGUUGCUGCGGUUCCCCGUAACGGCGAGGCGAAUGCAGCUGUAUCUCGUGUUAUUGCCCAGGCUUUUAAAGUGCCAAAGUCCGACGUAGAGGUCAUCCGUGGACUAAAAUCGCGAGAUAAAAUCCUCCGCAUCAUUAGUUUGGAUAUUGGAUCGCAAUCCGAGGACGAGUUUAUCCAACAGGCGCAUGAGAAACUCAAGAAAGCAUUGAUCUGA